GUACCAGCAGACCCUACGGAAAGGAGGAAAAACACGGCCCCAGGUUGAAUCCUCCGCUGACACAGCGCGGCUACGUCAGGGCACCAGCCGCCGGAGGAUGGCGGCGCUGGCCGCGAGCCGCCGCCUCCUCCUCCUGCUCCGGCCGGAGCUGGAGCCGUGCCUGCGCUCCCGCGCCCUUAACCCCUGCUCCGGCCGGGCGAGGUGGGCGGGCGGCCUCCGGCGCGCGCCUCCGCUGGUGAGCUGCCGCCGAGAUUUCUCCGACGAGGGGAGCGCGUACGCCGCGAAGAACAGUGCUCCGGACGAGCAGUUCCUGCAGCUCUCGUUGGACGAGGGAGAAGGCGAUGGCGUGGUGCCUGGAAUCAGCGAAAGCGUCGUGAAGGAUGCGAAGAAGAGCGCCAUUGAACUGCUUGCUGUCAGAGCAUACAGUGUUUCUGAGCUCAGGAAGAAACUAUGUGGUAAGAACUAUUCUGCCGACACAGUCGACUCUGUGAUUGCUGAUUUCAAGUCAAGGGGUCUGUUGAAUGAUGGCUAUUAUGCGGAAUCAUUUUCACGAUCCCGGUGGCAGUCAUCAACUUGGGGUCCAAGGCGUAUAAAGCAGGCGCUUCGCCAGAAAGGGGUGCCAGAGGCCGAAGCGGACCAGGCGACGAGGAGCGUGUUCCAGGACGACCGUGGUGACGAAGACCAGGCCUCACAUGGCCUCUCAGAAGCUUCCAUGGAUCAUCUCUUUGCUCAGGCCUCGAAGCAGUGGCUGCGAGGGAGCAGCUUGCCCCUGGAGAAGCGGCGUGCGCGCAUCGUGAGGUGGCUUCAGUACAGAGGGUUCAGCUGGGGCGUGACCAACUCCAUUAUCAGGAAGCUGGAGGCACAGCACCCUCCCUGACCUUAGCCUUCUGCUCUACAUUGUUUUCGUUGUAAGUUAGUGUGGUGUGACAAGCAUCUACUGCUAGAAGCAACCUCUGUCUGCUCAAUCUGGUUCCUGUUUAACAUGAUAUAUUGAUAUAAUGAUUGCUUUGCACCCUUUCUUCUUCGUA